AACCUGAACUUGAACCUAGGUUCACCGUUGCACCGCGCGCUUUCCAUGGUCCACGCCAGCACCGCGAGUUGUAGCCCGUUUGGGGGUGCGGGACCCUCCAGUAUGUUCGUGGGGCAGCAUAAAUUUUAUCUAGCUCGGCCAAGCAUCCUGGCUGGCUUCGGUGCCGCCCGCUCUCUUCAGGACCUGGGCAGCCUAGCGAACGAGGCUACAGCCGCUACUGCCGCGGUCAACGCCAUCGCCACCGCCUUGCCAGCAUUUCCACACCCGCAAGACAGCCGCGUGGCCGGCCCGGCAGCAGCCAGCACGACCCACAUCAAUGGAUCGGCGGCAGUAGCAGGAGCAGCAGCAGCGUGCGCAGGAGGCUGCUGCGGGGAGGCUGCGGCUGUGGCCGCUGCUACUGCCAUCCACACCGACACAGUCGCCGCGCCGGCGGCUGCGCAGCAGUUAACAAUAAUGAACCGCCGCCGCAGUCUGGACAGCUGCUACUGCCGCCACAGCCUGCAGGACUCACGCCACGCACCUCGGCCCCGACACGAGUACGUCAUCAGCUCAGCCGCACGCGGCAGUAGCACCAGCCUCAGCACCAGUCUAAGCACUGCUGCUACUGCCACAAGCAGUGGCGGCUUCACCAUGCCGACUGUUGCCCCUGGCACGAGCGGCGCCUACGCGCCCCCGCCACGUGAGGAACCGGCGCUCGCGCCACCGCCCACGUCCUCGCCCCUGCUACAGCCGGCGGCUGGCAGCGGCAGUAGCCUGCUGUCGCUGCCGCAGCCGCUGCUACAGCGCAUUCUGCUGUCCGUGUCGGGCGGCCCCGGGAGGGAUGGGGGAGCGCUGUGCGCAUGUCGUGCGCUCCACACCGCAUGGCUCACAGAUCUGUCCCAACCCGAGCCCGCCUCCCGGCUGCUACUGCGCCUUCACCGGCAGUGGUGCAUCGGCAGUAGCAGCAGUAAUUGUGCGGGUGGCUGGGGCGAGUGCGGCUGUAGCAGUGGCGGCAGCUGCUGCGGCGCCAGCAGGGCAGCAGCCACAGGAGCAGGAGCGGCAGGAGCAGUGGCGGCGGACGUGGAGGCGGCUGUAGCAGCGGUGUACCGGCGGCGGGGGCUGCGGCGGCUGCUACUGCCGGACGGGCCGCAGCACGCGCAGCAGCGGGCAGCCACGCUGGUGGAUCUGGCGCUGCUGCUACAGCGGCAGCGGCAGCGGGCACAGCAGCGCUACAGCCAGGGCCAGGGGAAGGAGCAGGGCCAGGGCCAGGGCCAGGGCCAGGGCCAGCGGCAGGGGCAGGGCCAGCAGGGGCCUCAGGGCCACUCCGGCGCUGCCGUCACAGAACACGGCAAUAGCAGGACCGGCGGCGCACAGGCGCAGCAGCUGCUGGUGGGUCCACCUGUAGCGGCGCCUCAGCGGCCGCAGCCCACCAUCGCCACCUUCAUCGCCGGCGCCCGCGAGGGACGUCCUGUGCGGCCAGAGGCAGCGGCAGUAGCAGCAGGAAGGGCAGCUCCAGGAGCAGCAGUAGCACAAGGAGACCGGCCGCACCCAAGUGUCACCGGCCGCGAACCGCUGCGGCAGGCGACUGUGCACGUCAACGUCGCUCCUUCCCUUCCCCAGUAUCGCCAGACCCUGUGCCGCACCUCCCUCACCAGCAGCACGGUUCCCACCGCCAUCACCACCACCUUCACCACCGCCGCCUCCAAGGCCACCGCAAGCGCCACACGCCCAAACCAUGCCGCAACCGCCGCCGCCACGCCCUGCGGCCCCUGGCUGCUGGUCGCCGGCGGCGGCGACGGCGGAGGAGCGCGCCGCGGCGGCGGCGGCGGCGCUGGCGGCGGCGGCGGUGGCGGGCGGCGACUGCGGGGCGGUGGUCAGCCUGCUGCGGCUGGUGCCGUGUGGCCGGGCGCGGGCGGCGGAAGUGGACCGGGUGCUGGUCCGGCUGGGGCGGCGGGGUAGCGUGGCAGGCUAGGCAGCCGGGUUAGAGGCUAGGGUUAGACGCUUGGAGCAAGCUAAGAGCAGGGCUAGGGCGGGGCGCAUGGGCGGGGCGCUAGGACAGGGUAAGCUAGGGCGGGGCUUUAGGGCAGGGCUAGGGCACAUGUAGAGAGCUGGGGUUAGAUAGAGGGCGGAGCUUAUGGACCGAUCGGAUGCAGUGUUUGCGGCGGCGGCGCCGGCGCCGGCGGAUGAGGCAAUGAUGUGGGGGGGGGGGUGUAUGUAAGCUUUCAGGCACCUGCAGAUUAGCUACGGAACAGUUGUGGUUUGUGGAAUGACUACCUGUUGAGCGCUGCAUGUUUCUCGUAGUUGUGGUCACAAGGCAUCCACACACAGUAAUUGGAUUCAUGUCUGCUCAUUAAUCUGUUCUCAAGUUCGGCUAUGCGCAAGCACGCGCCGAGUACGCACACGGUGGGUGCGCACUGCGCACCCUAUUCCAGAGGCCUCAGCAGCAAGGGCGCCAGUAUGUACGGCGUGGUGGUGCCCGAGCCAAUAAAGGCUACGGCCGUGGGGAUGGCCACCGGUUUGACGGUUUCUUGGAGAGGAUUAAAUUGGUUCGAAGGGCCGCCUGGGUCCCCCUGGGACGGCUGGGAGGGCUGCACACACACGUGCCGUACGCUUUGUCUGCCGGUCAUUUGCAGUCUGUGUCACAGUGCCAGUGCCAGAGUACAGCAUGCUGCAGGCAUUUCCUGGUUUGAGUGCGGAACGGAAGAAUCCACGCCCCACGCCUCCGCCGGCCUCCACCGCGGUCCGCCACGGUUACUCAAGUUUUGCGAGUGCGUCACGUGCGCGAGCUCACGUGGCCGGGGUGCCAGGCGUGCUGGCGGGGAAGGGCGCUCGUUCGAUGGCACUUUUUAGUCGCGGUUUUGAAGCUGCGACAGUGUUAGGAUAGUGAUGCUGGUGAAGCAUUGUGUUCACUGUUAAUUGCGAUCGGUCCACACGACUGCAGCGGGCGCUGCGGGGCGGGCGCGCGCGCAAAGAGCGCUGAAUGGUUCCUGUGACCUCAUGCACUGUUGUGUUCCAGCAAUUUAGCUGACAGAGGCAGCGGGGAAGGGGCCGAGAGGGAAGGAGGCGCAAGGGAAGGAGCAAGGCGGCUAGGGUUUUGCCGCACCCCGUGCCGCCGACACGAGUUCGCAGAGGCCAGGCCGGAAGGACGGAGUGCCUCAACUGGCUGGCUGCGGCCGCAGGGCUCACCAACAGUGUAAUAUUAUAUUUGU